AUGGACCUCAGAGUUGGCAGAAAAUACCGGAUCGGCAGGAAAAUAGGAAGCGGGUCGUUUGGAGACAUAUAUCAUGGAACAAACCUCAUCAGUGGGGAGGAAGUGGCCAUAAAGCUGGAGUCGAUCCGUUCGCGGCAUCCGCAGCUGGACUAUGAGUCGCGAGUCUACAAGUAUCUGAGCGGCGGAAUCGGCAUCCCUUUCAUACGGUGGUUUGGCCGUGAGGGCGAAUAUAACGCCAUGGUGAUCGACCUUUUGGGCCCUUCGCUGGAGGAUCUUUUCAACUACUGCCACCGCAAAUUCUCGUUCAAGACCGUGAUGAUGUUGGCGCUGCAGAUGAUUUGUCGAAUCCAGUACAUACACGGAAGAUCAUUUAUCCACCGGGACAUCAAGCCUGAUAACUUCUUGAUGGGGGUUGGACGUCGUGGAUCUACCGUGCAUGUGAUUGAUUUUGGUCUAUCAAAGAAGUACCGUGAUUUCUCCACUCAUCAUCAUAUUCCAUAUCGUGAAAACAAAAAUCUGACGGGUACGGCUCGUUACGCCUCAGUGAACACGCAUUUGGGAAUUGAACAGUCGCGCAGGGAUGACCUAGAGAGUUUGGGAUACGUUUUGAUCUAUUUCUGUAAGGGUUCGUUGCCUUGGCAGGGCUUAAAGGCCAAUACCAAACGUCAAAAGUACGAUCGCAUCAUGGAAAAAAAACUGUGCAUUAGUGUUGAGCAACUGUGUGCAGGUUUGCCAGUCGAGUUUGUAGAAUACAUGCGGUACUGCCGUAAUUUGAGAUUCGACGAAAGACCUGAUUACUUGUACUUGGCGCGUCUGUUCAAAGACCUCAGUAUCAAGCUGGAUUAUCACAAUGACCAUCUUUUUGACUGGACCAUGCUAAGGUAUACUAAGGCGAUGAUUGAAAAACAGCGUGCCUUGGGAGAAUUACCCGUGCCAGAGGAGACCAAGGAUGAGGAUUCUAAACAGGAUACUUUUAACAGAGUCAAACAACUCGCUAUGAAAAAGUUCUCUACUCAUUUCCAUUACUGUAGAUCGGACGAUAAGCACCACCCCUCUCCUGAUGAGAUCAAGGAGCAAACGGUGCAAAACAACCAAGUGGCUUCGUCCAUUCCGCAAGAUCUAUUGAGCGCUAUCGAUAAAGAUAUGGACAAUUUAAAGCAAAACGUAGCGCAGGCCUCUGAAGCCUCGCCCCAACCACAACAGCCGCAACCACAAAAAUUCGACCUGCAGCAGGAACAUCAACAACAGCAGCAGCAGCAGCAGUCACAACAACAAACCACCACAGGCUUCCACCAGCAAGGCGCAAUAGCGGAGCCGCUCCUUCAGCGCCAAAAAAGUUCCGACUACGAUGAUCUCAAGCGCACCGUAGACAUGCUGAAUGGUGGGAAUAUCCAGCAGCAACAACAGGCACGCAAACCCCCUCAAAACAGUACGCAAUAUCCGCCUGCGAACUCCAGACCUUCCGGCGGAGACAUAUGGCUGUAG